AUGGACGAAAAUAUACCGAUGGACGUGACUGAUACUGGUAUGAUGGACUAUAGAAUGGGUGCGAUGCAUCCGACAAGUGGCUUUCUGGACCAGCUACAGGACGGGAGGAAUGCUGCGAUGAGUAUGAACAGGGACAGGUUUGACAUGGAGCUUGCGAACAAAAAUCAAAACCGUAAUCGAGGCAAUUACCGGUGUAGAAAGUGUGGUGAACCUAAAAAGGGCCACGUGUGUCCGUUGGUGCCGUCUAACUUCAAGUGCAAUCGUUGUGGUCUUUCGAAAAAGUUGUGUUGCUGUGUGGCACCGGCACUGCGUACUAUUGGCGUACAGGUGGAAAUGGAUCAGGACAUGACCACACGAGUACUGAAUCUUAGCAUGCAGGUGUGCUAA